UGAGGCCAUUGUGUCAGGCGAACAUGGACGAAGAAGACACGAAGUUCGAGCUGCUGGAAAUUGAAAACUUAGUCGAGAGCGAUGACUUCACUAUAUUCAAUCAGGAGGAUCUUCCUGUGGGAGGUUUCCAGGUCAUGGAGGAGAUCAGAAGGAAGGGGAAACUGUGUGACGUGACGCUGAAGGUGGAGGACCAGUGCUUCAGUGUGCAUCGCAUAGUUUUAGCAGCAGUGAUUCCCUACUUCAACGCCAUGUUCACUCACGACAUGGCAGAGAGCAAACAAAAGGAGAUCACAAUGCAAGGAAUCGAGCCAAGUGCUCUGGAGUCCCUGAUCAACUUUGCCUACUCGGGGAAGGUCAAGAUUGAUGGUGCUAAUGUCCAGAGCCUUCUGGUGGGUGCAUCCUUCCUCCAGCUUUCUAAGGUCCGAGAAGCAUGCGCAGAUUUCCUUAAACUAAGAUUACACCCACACAAUGUCCUUGGCAUUCGUGCCUUUGCUGACACCCUUGCCUGCUGGUCACUAGUUGAGGCAAGUAACCGCUAUCUGCAGAAGCACUUCGUAGACGUGUCAGUAUCAGAGGAGUUCCUGAAUCUCAACUUUUCUGAUGUUAGAGAAAUCAUCUCCAGGGAUGAGUUGAAUGCACCUAGUGAGGAGUGUGUCUUUGAGGCUAUAAUGUCUUGGGUAAAGCGAGACCUUGACCAGCGGAGUGACCACCUACCUGAGUUGCUCACGAAGGUACGAAUGCCUCUCCUCACACCCCAGUACCUGACUGACUGUGUGGGAACCGAGAACCUGAUACGGUCAUCCCACGAGUGCAGAGAUCUCCUGGACGAAGCAAAAGACUACCACCUGAUGCCUGAGCGCCGUCCACUCCUUCAAAGCUUCCGAACAAGACCUAGAUGCUGUAAUGAUAUUGUAGGCCUUAUUUAUGCGGUCGGUGGCCUUACUAAAUCAGGGGACUCGCUGAGCACGGUGGAAGUGUACGACCCCAUCGUUGGGCGUUGGCAGAUGGCGGAGAGUAUGUCGAUGCUGCGGUCGAGAGUGGGCGUGGUGGUGAUGAAGAAGAAGCUCUACGCCAUCGGGGGUUACAAUGGCCUCGACAGACUGGCGACCGUGGAGGUGUUUGACCCGGCGAGCAAGUGCUGGAGUAAAGUGUGUCCCAUGAACUGCAAGAGGAGCGCUGUGGGAGCGGCCGUCCUUAACGACCACCUGUACGUGUGUGGCGGCUACGAUGGCGUGGCUUCCCUCAACACCGUCGAGUGCUACAACAGCGACACCAACAAGUGGGUGAUGGUGACGUCGAUGACGAAGCACCGCAGCGCCGCCGGGGUGGUGGCGUUCGACGGCCACGUGUAUGCCAUCGGCGGCCAUGACGGGCUCUCCAUCUUCGAUUCGGUGGAGCGCUACGACCCCACGACCGGCCAGUGGACCCCCGUGACCCCGAUGCUGAGCAAGCGGUGCCGCCUGGGGGCCGCCACGCUCAACGGGAAGCUGUACGUGUGCGGCGGGUAUGACGGCUCGACCUUCCUCAGGACCGUGGAGGUGUAUGACCCCAUCACCAGCAAGUGGUCGUUCAUCGCGUCCAUGAGCGUGACGCGGAGCCGCGUGGCGCUCGUGGCCAACAUGGGCCGCCUCUACGCCAUCGGCGGCUACGACGGCGUGUCCAACCUGUCCACGGUGGAGGUCUACAACCCGGAGCUCGACCAGUGGGAGUUCAUCACUUCGAUGUGCGCGCACGAGGGCGGCGUGGGCGUGGGAGUCAUCCCCCUGCCCUGAGCGCGUGCGUGCAUGUGUGCGUGCCUUGGGUCGAGCCGCCACGCCCCCGCGCUUCGGAACGCCCCUCGAGAUGCUCGCUCUCGACCUCGACGACAAUCGGCCAUGCUGUGGCUCCUUCGGGGGCGCCCUGGUAUGCUCAGAGCAACAACAGGAAAAGGUCUAAAGUUAAAGAAAAGCAAAACGUUUAUAUUUGUACUUUUAUCACCGUUCAAUGCAUUUACACCUAGUGAGAAACUAACGACACGAACUAGUUCUUCCUUCCUCCUUCCCCCUCCCCCUCCCCUUCUCCCCCUCCCCUUCUCCCCGCCGGUCACAACAAAAAAAAAAUAACCCACAGCCAUAGUUCAACAUUUCACAAACGUAGAGGUUAAUUAGGUGUCAGUGAGGAGAGGCAUGUCACAAGUCGCAGCGAUCGACGGCCGGAGAGGAGAUCGGAAAAGAGGCGAGUUUCACUUCAUUUCGCAUUUUCUUCUUUUCGAUCAGGACAGGGCUGUGAUACGUAAGGGGUUUCUUUCCGAUGUUUGAGCGGUGAAUAGAGCAAGGGAAAAUUAAAAUGACUUUGUUAUAUAUAUACUAAAUUAAUGACAAAACGCAAUUGCUGUGUAAGUAUUGAUCUAAUAACAAAUCCCGAGCGAAACGUAUUAUAUUCAAAUCACCGGCAGUCGUAAAGCAUAUUUGGGUCGUAAUGAUAUGGCUUUCCUGUAAUAUUUUUUUGUUUUAAAAAGACUCAUGGUUUAUUAUGAUUAUUUGUAAUUAUUAUUAUUAUUAUUACUGUGAGGUUCAACACAUUUGAGAAUGAUGAGGGUUUUUUUCCUCUUUCAGUUUUCUCCUUUUCCGCCACCCCCUUAUUAUUAUUCUCUCUCUUUCUCUCUCUCUCUCUCUCUCUCUCUCUCUCUCUCUCUCUCUCUCUCUCUCUCUCUCUCUCUCUCUCUCUCUCUCUCUCUCU